UAAUUGACUGCAGCUUGAUUGUCUUCAGGUCGACGGACGGCUACCUUGGAAACGGGAGAAAUCCAGUCCACGCAUCCGUUCUGGAAGCAGGGACCCAGAUUUCUUCACUUCAGAGGCCUCUCCUCCUUCUCCUUCUCUGUCCAUCCAUCCAUGUGUCUCUUCCUCCGCGAUCAUGGACGAUCUGAAAUGAAGCGCAGAGCGCGAGCGGCGGCGGGGAGCGAACCAUUGCGUUACGGCGGGGAGGAGAAGGCAUAGACCACAAUGCCGCUGGUGAAGAGGAACAUCGAGCCCAGGCACUUGUGCCGUGGGGCGUUGCCGGACGGGGUGACCAGCGAGCUGGAAUGCGUCACCAACAGCACCUUGGCUUCCAUCAUCAAACAGCUGGGCAGUCUGAGUCGCCAUGCAGAGGACAUUUUUGGCGAGCUGUUCAACGAAGCUAACAGCUUCUACUUGAGAAUGAGCAGCCUGCAGGAGAGAGUGGACCAGCUGGCUGUGAAAGUCACUCAGCUGGACUCCACUGUGGAGGAAGUUUCACUGCAGGAUAUCAACAUGAGGAAGGCCUUUAAGAGCAGUACCAUCCAGGACCAGCAGGUGGUGUCGAGGACAUCCGUUCCGAACCCAGUGGUUGAGAUGUACCAUCGCUGUGACAAACCUCCACCGCUCAACAUUCUCAGCCCCUACAGGGAUGACAAGAAGGACGCACUGAAGUUCUACACCGAUCCUUCCUACUUCUUCAACCUGUGGAAGGAGAAGAUGCUGCAGGCCACCGAGGAUAAGCGCAAAGAGAAGCGAAGGCAGAAGGGCUGUCCGGCCCACCCUGACAGGCCCCACUCCAGACAGGCCCCACCCAGGAGCCCUCUGUCCAUCUCUGAGCAGCAGAGACAGGUCGAGGAUCCAGGAAGAGAGGUCAAGAAGGUACGUAAGGCUCGUAACCGGCGUCAGGAGUGGAACGUUCUGGCCUACGACAAAGAGUUCCGACCAGACGCGCGGCUGACCCCCUCCCCUUACCAUGGCAUGUCCUCUGAAGGCUCUCUGUCCCCUGAUAGCAGGUCAAUGGCGUCAGACUCUUACCCAGCCAGCCCCAACCACCCCUCAACCCAGGCCUCCAGCACUGCCCACCCCACUGACCACCACGCCAGGGAGCACCUUAGCGCCGCAGGACAGACCCAGUCACUCGAUCGAGGGCUCCGGCCAGCAAACCAGCCCCCGGGAGCUGGAGGCGCCGUCACGGCAGGACGACACGUGGCCUCCUUGGGCAGGGCCCCGUCAGGGCACGGAGUCCAGGCUGGAGGAGAUUCAACGGUUAAUGGGCCUCGGCAGCAGUCUGUUAAGGAAUACCGGGCUGGACACGGUGGCCAGCCCUCCACGAUAUCGGAGUACUAUAUCCCACCCGCCCCUCCCCCUCCUCCCCCAACCAUCCCCUCUGCCCAAACCGCCUUCGACUCCACCUCUGCCCAACCCUCCUCCGCCGCCUCUGCUGUUCCCCCCACCUCCUCUACUCUUUCCCGCCCUUACUCCCCUUCCCCACCUCCUCCCCCGGCCAAUUACGUCCCCUCUCCUGCCCACCCCCCCUCAGGCGCCCCACCAGCUGCCCCGCCUCCUCCUCCGCCAGGUGCCCCUGCUGGCCACCAGGCACACCCAUCCCCGCCGCACGCAGCCGUCGGACAGGUGGCUGCGGAUGCCCCGCCCCCUACGAGGAAGUCCACGAUGCUGGGGAUGAUCCCAAUGAGCGACGCACGGUCCGACUUGCUGGCUGCCAUACGUAGAGGUAUCCAGCUGAGGAAGGUGCAGGAGCAGAGGGAGCAGGAGGCAAAGAGGGAGCCUGUCGGCAAUGAUGUGGCCACCAUCCUGUCACGCCGCAUCGCCGUAGAGUACAGCGAGUCUGAUGACGAUUCAGAGCUCGACGAGAACGAGUGGUCUGACUAAAAACCAAUAAGGGGGAGAGCAGAACUUAGUGGAUGGCAACUCGUGGGAGGAGGAGAAUUGUUGGGAAAUAAAGGUAGAAUUGAUGAGGUUAGAUUAAUUUUAAUAUUCAGCAUUGUAACA